CUCGCGUCGUGGGACUUCUGUAAACAGAAACAGAUGUUUGUUUUUAUUUGAAAAUGUAGUCGAGAGACAAAGAAAUUCCGCAAGUUUCAGUGAAUCUUCAAGAAAAGAAGACUUUCGGCAAACUAAAACCACAUUUCAAUACUCAAAUCUCAUCCACUAAGAACCAAGUGUCAAAUCUUCCGCGCAUAACCUCAAAAUUACAAUCUAAAAUUAUUUACGCAUUAUAAAUUGUUUUUAAUUAUGUUGUGAUCUCAGAACUGCAUUUGCUCUGUUAUCUGAAAUAGCUUUUUAUCUCCAGCAUAAAUAUAUACGAGUGUUGCGAUAAUGAACGAGGGAGGUUAAAAGAAAAAGCAAUUUAUGCUUUCCUGCUGCGUUUUUAAAUGUAAAUUAUUUUGAUUUCAAACGUAGAGACCGAAUUAUAUUUUAGGAAUAAAGAUGUCACGUACAGAUUUGAAGAAUUGGCCCAUUUUCAGUCUUCUGGAGUCCAAAUUCAUAACCGAAAUUAAUAUGGCUGUUGUUUAUGGAAAUUUAGGUAACGAAGCGAUAAUAGUGACAAAAGAUGGGACGGUUUACGGUUUGGGAACAAAUAUAUCAGGUUGUUUGGGAACUGGAGACUCCCAUAAUACUCUUUUUCCGAAAAAAAUAGAGGCCCUUUGUGACAAGGGAAUAAAAUCUUUUUCAUAUGGUAGUGGCCCUCACGUUCUUGCUCUGAGUGAGAAAGGAGAGGUUUACUCUUGGGGUCACAAUGGAUAUUGUGAAUUAGGAAAUGGAUCAUCCAACCAAGGACUAACUCCCACCAUUAUUACAAUGAAUUUGGGCGAAAAAAAUGUUAUCAGUAUUUCUUGCGGCAGUCAUCACUCACUUGCUCUUACAGACGAAGGCGAGGUUUUUGCCUGGGGUCAAAAUAAUUGCGGUCAAGUUGGCAGUGGCUUAAAUUCAAAUCAAGGAGCACCUAGGAAAGUAAAUUCUGGUUUAGCCGGAAAAAAAGUUGUCGCUAUAUCUUGCGGACAAACUUCGAGUAUGGCACUGAGCGAUGUUGGCGAAGUUUAUGGUUGGGGUUAUAACGGAGUUGGACAACUGGGAAUUGGGAAUUAUGUCAAUCAAACGAGUCCCUGUAAAGUUGCAGGACUUGUCGGGGUUGUGAUAGAAAAAGUAGUUUGCGGAUAUGCACACACGUUAGCACUUAGUGACGAAGGUACUCUUUAUUCUUGGGGAGGAAAUGGAUAUGGACAACUAGGGCUUGGAAAUAAAGCUAAUUCUUGCACGCCAAUAAAGUUGACGGUGCCUGAAUUGGGGAGAGUUUCUGACAUCGCGGCUCUUCAUUACAACCACAUAAGCGUCGCCGUCGGCCAGGGUGGUAAAAUUUUUAUGUGGGGCCAGUGUCGAGGACAAAGUGUCACUUCUCCAGUUGCAACUUUUUUGCCGCAUAUUCACGAUGCUCUGGCAUGUUACGCGACUCCCAGUGUAAUGCACGAGCCUCUAAUUUUAAAUGCAGAUGAAGAUCAUGGAAUUCUCGAAUGUCUAAAACAAGCUUUCGAUGAUCCGGUAACUAGUGACUUGACGAUCCAGGUGCAGGGAAAAUCAAUUCACGUUCACAAAUCUGUACUGAAAAUUCGCUGUCAGUAUUUCAGAUCAAUGUUUCAAGAGCAUUGGGCCGAGAACAAUCAAAAUGUUCUGGAACAUGAUCAAUUUUCGUAUGACGUCUACCGAUCGUUCUUAAAAUAUUUAUACACCGACGAAGUGGAACUACCUGCCGAAAAUGCUUUAGAGCUCCUUGAUUUGGCAAAUGCCUAUUUCGAGACACAAUUAAAACGCCGCUGCGUACAGAUGAUUAAGCAGGGAAUUACUUGCCUAAAUGUGGCAUUUCUGUACAGAACAGCGAUUGAAUAUAAUGCGAAGGAACUAGAAGAUUUCUGCUUCAAAUUCGCCUUGAAUCACAUGACGGAGGUGAUACAAACACCACAUUUUUCGAAGCUGGACGAGGGGACAGUUAAAACUUUUAUUAUUAAGGCAGCUCAGGCUGGAGCGUUUAAAACAUGAACUCGUUUUGUGAUAAAUCGACUAGUCAGUAACUUUAAGUCGCUGGAUCUCUUUCGCCAAAAGGGCCACUUCGAUUUUUUUCCUACUGUGUCGAUAAUUUAAUAUCAUUUAUUAAUAAUUUUUAUUAAUUAUUGUUAUUUAUUGAGCAACUUUCGAUGGCGGAUUGCCAAUCACGAAUCGAAUUUCCGGAUUUAUGUUAGGAUUAAAUAAUUUUUAUAUUUCAAACCUUUCACAGAGAUUUGAGUCUGAAACUAUAAUUGAUUUUUAAUUUUCAUGUAGUUAGAACUAUUUAUACCUUUUAGGAUCGGGAAUUAUUCUAAUCAAAUAGAUUAUUUUUUCACUGAAUAGUUACAAUUUUUAUAAAUUUUAGUCGAAAAUUAAUCUCACUCGCAUUCCAUUUUUGAGUGCAUUUAUUAAG